UGAAACAUGGUCACACCAAACUUGAACUUGGAAUAUGAAAAUGAUUCGGAAGUUACAAGCCAAGAAAAUUCCAACAUCCCUCUGCAAGAAGAAUCCCCUGAUCUCUCAAAGGAUAGCACCACCACUUCUUCCUGCCUCACAAAUCAGACAAACCUCCAACAACAAGAUCCGGGGCCUCUUCCCCUCAACUUGACACUCCAGUUUAGCUCCUGUGACAUUGAAUUGAAGGGCACAGGGGAGACUAGCAGUACUGAAGGAGCUGCACCCCCUACUUCAGAAGCAACAAUGCCAAGGGUGUUCUCAUGCAACUACUGCAAGCGUAAGUUCUAUAGCUCACAGGCACUUGGUGGCCAUCAGAACGCUCACAAGAGAGAGAGGACAAUGGCCAAGCGUGCUAUGCGUAUGGGAAUGUUUCCUGACAGGUACACUAGCUUGGCAUCUCUUCCCCUGCAUGGUUCUGCUGCUUCUGCAUUUCGAUCUCUUGGUAUCGAAGCUCAUGCUGCAGUGCACCAAAACAUUAUGAUACCAUCCGAUCAGAGGCUCCCUGUCCCUGACACGAGAGGUGUGGCAAGGUUUCAGCAAGGCUAUUUUGGAGUGCCAAUGUUUAUGGAAGAGGAUGAUGUGGGUAUGUUCUGGCCUGGGAGUUUCCGUCAGGUGGGUGAGGGAGUUGGAGGUCAUCAUUCGAAUAUGCAGUUUUCUCAAAAUCCAACAAUGAAUUCAGGAGGAUCCACCGUGCCACCAAAUGCAAAGACAAGUUCAUCUUCACCUGAUCUUACUUUAAAGCUCUGAGAUUUUUGUUUUCUGUUUAGAUAUAUUACCUUUUAGACAUGCUGCCAUGAAUAGUAUUAUUAACUUUGUACAGUGAGAUAUGCAUUUUUAACGGCUGCAGAUUUCUAAAUUUUUUAUGGCUGUAUUUGUUUAUUUUAUAAGGAUGUUCUUGGUGUUAAUUGCUGCUGAUGUAUAACAA